AUGCAGAAACCUAACAACGUCAUCAAGAAAGAUAUAAUUUUAUCACAUAAACCUAACAACGUUAUUAACAAAGAUAUAAUUUUAUCACAGAAACCUAACAACGUUAUCAAGAAAGAUAUAAUUUUAUUACAGAAACCUAACAACGUUAUCAAGAAAGAUAUAAUUUUAUCACAGAAACCUAACAACGUUAUCAAGAAAGAUAUAAUUUUAUCACAGAAACCUAACAACGAUAUCAAGAAAGAUAUAAUUUUAUCACAUAAACCUAACAACGUUAUUAAGAAAGAUGUAAUUUUAUCACAGAAACCCAACAACGUCAUCAAGAAAGAUAUAAUUUUAUCACAUAAACCUAACAACGUUAUUAACAAAGAUAUAAUUUUAUCACAGAAACCUAACAACGUUAUCAAGAAAGAUAUAAUUUUAUCACAUAAACCUAACAACGUUAUUAAGAAAGAUACAAUUUUAUCACAGAAAGCUGCAUAA